AUGGCAAAGGUAGACCAGAAGGCUGUGUUGAUUGUUAUUGAUGGCUGGGGAAUUCCGUCAGACGACUCCCCUCCCGAGGGCGAUGCCAUUGCUGCCGCCGAAACUCCGGUGAUGGACGAGUUUGCCAAAGACGGCUCGAAAACUGCCCAGGGCUACACCGAGCUCGAGGCCUCAUCCCUGGCGGUCGGCCUGCCCGAGGGCUUGAUGGGAAACUCGGAGGUCGGCCAUCUUAACAUUGGCGCAGGUAGAGUUGUCUGGCAAGAUGUGGUGCGCAUCGACCAAACAAUCAGGAAGGGUGAGAUGAACAAGGUGGAAAAUAUCCGCAAAUCCUUCCAGAGGGCUGUCGACGGGAAUGGGAGACUGCACCUGCUCGGCCUCAUCAGCGACGGAGGUGUCCACAGCCACAUCAAGCACUUGUUUGCCCUUCUCCAAGUUGCGAAAGAGUUGGAGGUACCCAAGGUCUUCAUUCACUUCUUCGGCGAUGGCCGAGACACCGAUCCCAAGAGUGCUGCCGGUUACAUGCAAGAACUGCUCGCCAAGCUGCAAGAACUAGGCAUUGGGGAACUAGCUACAGUGGUCGGACGGUACUACAUCAUGGAUCGAGACAAGAGGUGGGACCGUGUCGAGAUAGGCAUGAAGGGCAUCGUGCUUGGUGAGGGCGAGGAAUCCUCCGAUCCUGUUGCCACGAUCAAGGCCCGAUACGAAAAGGGCGAGAACGACGAGUUCCUCAAGCCCAUCAUUGUGGGUGGGGAUGAGAGAAGAAUCAAAGAAAACGACACUCUGUUCUUCUUCAACUACCGAUCCGAUCGAGUUAGAGAAGUCACCCAGCUUCUGGGCGACUACGACCGAUCCCCCAAACCGGACUUCCCCUAUCCUCCAGGAAUCCAUAUCACGACCAUGACCCAAUACAAGACCGACUAUACCUUUCCAGUCGCCUUCCCACCUCAACACAUGGGCAACGUCAUGGCUGAAUGGCUAGCCAAGAAAGGCGUGAAGCAAUGCCACGUCGCCGAGACCGAGAAGUAUGCGCACGUGACCUUUUUCUUCAACGGUGGGGUCGAGAAACAAUUUGAGAACGAGGACCGAGAACUCAUUCCCAGCCCCAAGGUCGCCACAUACGACCUCGAUCCACCCAUGAGCGCUCAAGGGGUGGCAGACAAGCUCAGCGAGCGAAUAUCAGACAACAAGUACGAGUUUCUGAUGAAUAACUUCGCUCCUCCGGACAUGGUCGGGCAUACUGGAGUGUACGAAGCGGCCAUCAAGGGUUGUGCGGCCACGGACGCCGCCAUUGGUAGCGUCUAUGAAACCUGCAAAAAGGAGGGUUACAUUUUGUUCGUGACCGCGGAUCACGGUAACGCGGAGGAGAUGUUGAACGAAGAGGGCAAACCCAAGACAUCGCAUACCACGAACAAGGUGCCAUUUAUAAUGGCGAAUGCCCCGGAGGGAUGGAGUCUCAAGAAACAGGAUGGCGUGCUGGGGGAUGUUGCGCCCACCAUCUUAGCCGCCAUGGGGUUGGACCAACCGGAGGAAAUGGGCGGAACGUCGCUGCUGAUAAAGAAGUAA